UUAACAUAACUCAGUUGAUAGAUAUUUUUUAUUAAGAUGAUGAUAGUAACAUAGAUAUAAUGUUUAGUUGCAUUGCAUAAGCACUUACAUCACCAUACAUCCUUUACUCAUGAUGCAACAACAGUCAAAUAAUUAGUUGAAUCCAUAUCAGCAAUCAAUCCACAUUGACAUAUUACCUUUGAAUACAAUUAUACAACUAUUAGUCCUUCCCAUCACUAUUAUAAGUCACUAUCACUUGAUAGAUAUUUUGCAUAUGUAGAACUUUCAAAAUUGAACUCUAACAAUAUGCUCAAAAGUUGAAAUAUUUAAUACUUACUUCCCUAUAUAUAAAAUACAUUCCUAUGAAUAUAUCUUAAAUUAAACAAACAAACCACAAACAGCUUUGUGAAUAGUUCAUAAGAAAACAUCCAUUAUAGUCAAUUCCACAAGCUGUGUUUCAAUGGCAAAGACAAAACACAUAGCUGUUAUUCCAAGUCCUGGUUUCAGCCACUUAGUUCCAAUACUAGAAUUCACCAAAAGAUUAGUCACAAAUCACCCAAAUUUUCAUGUAACUUGCAUCAUUCCCUCACUUGGGUCACCACCAGAUUCAUCAAAAUCAUAUCUUGAAACCAUUCCACCAAAUAUAAACUCCAUCUUUCUUCCACCAAUCAACAAACAAGGUAUAUCUCAAGGAGUACCUCCAGGAAUCCAAAUUCAACAAACUGUUACACUCUCUCUACCAUCAAUUCAUCAAGCCUUAAAAUCCUUAACUUCAAAAGCACCUUUACUUGCUAUAAUUGCUGAUACUUUUGCAUUUGAAGCACUUGAUUUUGCAAAAGAGUUCAACUCUUUGUCUUACAUUUACUUCCCUUGUUCAACUUUUGUACUUUCACUUCUUUUAUAUUUGCCAAAACUUGAUGAAGAGGUUUCAUGUGAAUACAAAGAUUUACAAGAACCUAUAAAGCUACAAGGAUGUGUACCAAUCAAUGGUAUUGAUCUUCCAAAAGCAUCACAAGAUAGAUCACAUGAAGGUUACAAAAUGUAUCUUCAACGUGCAAAAAGUUUGUAUUUUGUUGAUGGAAUCUUGAUUAAUAGCUUCUUUGAAUUGGAAUCUAGUGCUAUUAAAGCAUUGGAACAAAAGGGCCAUGGAAAAAUCAGUUUUUUUCCUGUUGGACCUAUUACACAAAUAGGAUCAAGUAAUAAUGAUGAUGUUUUUGAUGAGUUUGAAUGUUUGAAAUGGUUAAAAAAACAACCUCAAAAUUCUGUUUUGUAUGUUUCUUUUGGAAGUGGUGGAACACUUUCUCAAAGACAAAUCAAUGAACUAGCUUUUGGUUUGGAGUUGAGUGGUCAAAGAUUCAUUUGGGUUUUGAGAGCACCAAGUGAUUCAGUUAGUGCUGCUUAUCUUGAAGCUACAAAUGAAGAUCCAUUGACAUUUUUACCAAAUGGGUUUUUGGAAAGAACAAAAGAAAAAGGUUUUAUUUUGCCAUCAUGGGCACCUCAAGUUGAAAUACUUAACCAAAAUUCAGUUGGUGGAUUUUUAAGUCAUUGUGGUUGGAAUUCAGUUUUGGAGAGUAUACAAGUGGGGGUGCCAAUAGUAGCUUGGCCUUUGUUUGCAGAACAAGCAAUGAAUGCUGUUAUGUUAAGUGAUGAUCUUAAAGUGGCAAUAAGGUUGAAAUUUGGAAAUGAUAAGAUUGUGGAAAAGGAGAAAAUUGCAAAAGUGAUUAAGUGUGUGAUGGAAGGUGAAGAAGGUAAGGGAAUGCGUGAAAGAAUGAAGAGUUUGAAAGAUUGUGCUGCUAAUGCAUUGAAAGAUGAUGGUUCUUCAAUACAGACUCUGUCUCAUUUGGCUAGUCAAUGGGAUUUAGGAAAAUAAAUGUUGUUCAAGCACGGACGCCGGACCUUACAUGAUGACACAGACAUGUCGACAUUAAUAAUAAUUUAAGAAAAUGAUGUAAUUUCAGGCACUGACGCGUGUUCAACACAAAAAACACGCUUAAUCAAAAGAAUGUCAAAAUAAUGUCCGUAUCCUUCAUAGAUUUUUACUUAUUUAAGUUAUUUUGAUUUUAAGGUUUCUUGUUAGCUGUAUUUUGUUUGUUUCCUUAAUUUGUUUUCUAGUUUUGUGGUUUAGUGGACAUUGUAUUGCUUGGAUGUACAUGAGAUAGACAAGUACAUGUGUAACGAGGACAAAAUUGCUGCCAAGUUCUUUUUGUGGUUUUGGUGAUGCAAGAAAUUGUACCUAAAACUUUUCAACCUAAAGCUUUAAUUAGGUUCUAUCCGUAA